GCUUCCUUCUCCUCGCGCUCCCUCCCCGCCUCUCCCAGAGGGAGCGGUUGGGAGGGGGAGGGCAGGGCCGAGGGAAGGUAGUGACACGUGUCAAUCAACCCCCCUCCGGGGGGCGCGCGCUCCGGGGCUCGCGCCGAGGGCUCGCGCCCCUGCCUCGUGCCUGCGCCGCUCGUAUGUAAAUGAGGGCGCGUGACGCGGGACGCAGAUGGACAAGGGAAGAGAGAGAAUGGCCGCUGCCGCCGCCGCUGCUGCCGCCGCCGCCGCUCAGUGCCGGAGCCCUCGGUGCGCGGCGGAGAGGAGAGGAUUCCGGCGGGAACUCGACUCCUGGCGCCACCGCCUCAUGCACUGUGUAGGUUUUGAGAGUAUUUUAGAAGGGCUUUAUGGACCACGGCUACGAAGAGACCUCAGUUUAUUUGAAGACUGUGAACCAGAAGAACUGACUGACUGGUCUAUGGAUGAAAAAUGUUCAUUUUGUAACCUACAGAGAGAAGCAGUCAGUGAUUGUAUGCCAUCUCUUGAUUCUUCACAGUCAACACCGACGGAGGAACUGUCAUCUCAGGGCCAGUCCAACACUGAAAAGAUUGAAUGCCAAGCAGAAAAUUACCUAAAUGCACUCUUUCGAAAGAAAGAUCUUCCUCAGAACUGUGAUCCUAACAUUCCCCUAGUUGCUCAGGAAUUAAUGAAAAAGAUGAUACGUCAGUUUGCAAUUGAGUAUAUUUCAAAAAGUGGUAAAAUUCAAGAAAACAGAAAUGGUUCAAUUGGACCAAGUCUAAUAUAUAAAAGUAUCCAAAUGAAUCAAGCAGAAAACUCCCUUCAGGAAGAGCAGGAAGGCCCCUUAGACCUCACUGUGAAUCGAAUGCAAGAACAAAAUACUCAGCAAGGGGAUGGAGUGUUAGAUCUCUCUACAAAGAAAACCAGCAUAAAAUCUGAAGAGUCAUCCAUAUGUGAUCCUACUUCUGAAAAUUCAAUGGCUGGUUCAACUGUUGAUGCAAAAUCAGAGGAAGCUACUAAAAUGGAAAAAGGAAAAUCAGCAUUAAGCAAAGUUUUGGAAUCUUUGUGCAUACAUCACCAGCAACAAGUUUUGGCUAUGUUGAAAUUUCUAGUCCAAGAGCAGAAUGCUGCUUCUCUUUGCUGUUGUAAUACAUCAUAUACUGUGUCUUCAGAAUCUCAAAAGUCCCUAAUUGAAGAUGAUUUACAUGGUCUAUUCUGUAAUUGUGAAUAUAGGCUGGCAGAAAGAGGGUGUUUACAAAAUGAAAGACAAAGCCCUGGUUUUGUGCCUCUGCCAGUCUGUAUUAAAGAUUUACAUUGUUUGUCGUGCCAAACUGUAACUAUUGAACACAUUAAGACAGUAGUGAAUAGAGGAAUUGCAAACAGUUAUACUUCUCACAGGUGCUGUUCUGGACUGUUGCCAAACACUCACUCUACAAAACUGGCCUUUCAUACUCCUCUUUCAUCAAAGGACAUGCGCGGUGAUGUUUCAGUCAGCCUUGAAGACAUCUGUAGAUCUCGAAGUCCCUCACCCCCACCAUUAUCACCUGUACAGCCUGAAGGAUUUGAAAAAUUGAAAGAUGUCAUCUCAGAGCUUUCAGCCUUAGAAAAUAACAGACUUGAAACAAACAUUAACCAGCCUCCAUUUCUCACACCAGCAGAAAUAAGUAGUGACAAAGGUUAUCAUGAAGAUAAACUACAUAAAACUGAAGUAUCCAGUAACUCUGAUUCUUUGCUCUCGGAAGGCAGCAAUAAUUAUACUACAAAUCAUGAAAAAGGUGAAACUACUGUAAUUUUUAAAGAUUUAAUGGACCGUAUUAAUGAAAAACUAAAAUCAAUAGAAACUACAGAUAUGACAAAUCUUAUCAAGUUACCUAGCAGUGAUUGUAAUACAGAUAAUGAUUUAAAAUUGAGAGAUUUAAUAACCUCCCUCUUGCAUAAUGCAAAGGCCAGUGAUUACAGUUUUAUGGAAUUACUGAGUCAACACGAUAAAAAGGUAGAAAAUAAAAUUAUUCAGACAAGAUUUCGAAAGCGUCAAGAAACAUUAUUUGCAAUGCAUAACUCUCCUGAUUCACCCAUGUAUAGAAGGCAGUCUUUGCAGAUAAAAAGAGAACUUGCUAGUCUUGAUGAAAAUUUUAUAAGAAAGAAAUGCAGUGAAAAAUUUUCAAGGAAACUGAUAUGCAAUGAUGUGAUAUUUUCAACAAACAAAGAAGAAUUCUGUCAUUACCAAGGGCCUUCUUUACAAAAUUCUGAAAACCUUCAAGACAGCCAUCGUGCAGAAAUGGCAUUUUCACCAGAUUAUGCAUUACAGUCAUUGCAACUACCUCUUCAUAAUUUAGAAACUAACUUGGCUUUUGACACAUUUUCAGAAAGCUUAAAAAAAAUUACACCUGAGAAAAUAAACAUAAAAAAUACACAGGAGAAAUCUGCAGCUGGAAAGUUUUUGCAAAAUCAUAAGGAGAACUCAAAAUUAGAGAAUACUCAAACUCCUUUGAAAGGUGAUGUCCCUGGAUUUUUGAGCAGAACCAAACGAAAUAUUGUGCCUCCAGGAUGGUAUUCUAUAUAUGUAACAAAUAAUUAUGUUCUCAAAAAAUCCCCUAAGUCCAAAAAAGUUUCUGAAUCUACAAAAAAAAAAGAUCAAGUGAAAAGUAUUCAAAUUGAAAGCUCACACAAUAUAGAUCUAAACAAAAUUGCGAUGAAUUCUAAUUUACAAGUUGUCGUGGAGCGUUUAGAAGAUACAAUAAAUAUGGCCAAGAAGUCUUGGAAUAAUCAGUCGUUAUCAGAAGGAUAUAAAGCAUCCAAGAAAUUGAAAGAAAUUGAUGGUAAAGAUCAAAAUGCCAGUAGAAAUAUGACUCUUACUAUAAGUAGAAUGACGUGCAAAGAGCAGAGUUUAUCAAAAUCUGUGGUAGCAUCCAGCAAUAUGAAAAGCAAUCAUAUGCCUCCAAUAGAUUUGAAUAAAAGAAGACUUGAUAAUCUGAAAAAGUCAUCUAUUUUAGAUACGGGUAGCUUGAUUUCCACUGUUGAGAAUGUACCAACGAAGUGUAAAGCCAUCGAAAGCUCUUCUUUUUCUACCUAUUCUAGUCCCAUCAAACUCAUGUUUUUAUCUGAGGUUAAAAGCAGUGAAGGAGUCAAAUAUACUUUAACUUCAGUCGGUAAUUCUAAAUCACAUAUUGAUCAUCCUUCUUCUGAAAAAUGCUCAAACCAUCACGUAACUGAAAAAAAAGCAGAAACAAAUAAGGAUAUUCCGAAUACUAACUUUGAAAAUUUUAGUUCCAAUCUUAAUGAUAGUGACACUCUUCAAGGAGAACUAAACAAAUUUAACAGUGGAAAAGAAUCUGCAGAAUCUUCUGCAAUGUUUAUUGAUGAUACAAAUAGUGAUAAGCCCCAAGAAGAACCUAAGGAAAAUUCAAGCAGUGCAAUUGAUUCAUCUUUUAAAAGAAAACCAGGUAGACCUAAAAAAAUAGGUCCCCAGGUUGUAAAACAGAUUAAGCGACCAAUAGGAAGACCACCAAAACCGAAAAUUGAUCAAACGGACAUCACCAUUUGCCAAAAUGAGUCCUUUAGUGCUGGAAAGAAAAGCCCAGAAUCUCUCCUAUCAGAAGUAAAAGAAGGCAUUUAUAAAAAGAGUAUUACGGUAACUGUUAUUUAUGGAAGGUCAAGAAGAACUAAAAGGCAUGUUUCUGAAGGAAGUAUAAACAUAAGCAAUGUUACGUCUUUAAACAAUAAGGUUGCAGAUUUUCCAACUGACUAUAAUAAUCUCAGAAAUAUUAGGGAAUAUGAACUUGACUCAGGUGAAAGAGUAAGUGCUGUGUCAAGUUUGACUACUGAAAGCGAGAUCUUAGGGUGUGGCUUUGAAUAUGUGAGACCUAUCAAGAACAAGUCUGUGAUACCUCAGCCUUCCAAGAACAUUAUUCGACCAAACCAGAAGCCUUUGGCAAUAAUUAGGAAGCCGGGUAGACCUGCAAAAGUGAAAAUCUCUGGUAUAUCUGUAACUAUUAAUAGAAUUUCACCUCAGGAGAGAGAAGUGAGUAUCAGCAGCUGCUUACCUCCUUUACAACAAGAAAAUAUGUUGGAAAAAAGUCUGCCUGAAGAAAAGUGUGUUCACCAAUGCAAUAAGAUGGAUACAAGGCACAGCGAAGCGGACAUAUUUAAGAAUGGUUCAAAAAGUAUGGUUGCUGCUAUACCUUUGAGACAUUCUGUUAGGGAUAGAAAACCAUCCCUGCAUUUCUUACAUUCAUUAGCAUCUUCUAGUUCACUUAUUUAUAGAAAUACUCUGCUCCAUAAAUCAUACAAACUCCAUUUGCAGAAGGGGAAAAGUCAGAAGGAAAAACAUAGGCAGUCAAGGAUAAAAAUAGCUCCCAAAGGUACACCGGGAGCUAGAAAUUCAAGGAAUGCGAAAAAAUGUUUGGAAAAUAACAAAUUAAGACCCAUUUCUGAAAUAUCCUUGGACCCCAUAAUUUCCUCAAACCCUUUGCUCAGAUGGUGGGCUGCUUCUGCUUCAAGCGAUUCCUUGCUAGAAGAAUUAAACAAUAGAUUCGAGCAAAUAACAAAUGCUUGGGUGCAAGUGAGUGGAGAUGAAGCUGAAAAUUGUGUUCAUAAAAACAGGGAACACACGGAAAGUAAUGAUUGCAAAAUAGCGAGCCCUUUGAAAACCUGUCUUUUAGAACUUGAAGUCUCACCUGUAAAAAUGCUUUUUCAGAAAAAAUAUGAUUUGAAUGAUCUGUGUACCUGGUUUAUGCAAACGACAGAAACACAGUCUCUUUCUCUAGUUAGAAAAGCAAAUGCUCGAAACCCUUUAGAAGUAAUAAAUACCAGAGGAGUUAAACUAGGGACCAAAUAUUCCGAUUUUAAUACCAGCCCCUUCAAAAAGCACUUUAAAAAAUUUGCACUAUCUUCUCCUUCAAAAUCAGGGAAGUUGCAUAUACUACAUAAAAUGGUUAGCUCUCCACUCUUAAAUGUGAAAAGUAAUUUAACACUAGGUAGAUUCAAAAGGACUGAGUUUAAGAGGUUGCAACACGAAAGGUGGAGAAGAGAGGGAAAGCUGCACACCCAUGGAACAGUUGAUUGGAUCUCUAAAAGGAGGAACUUGAGAUUUUUCUGCCAGAACCAAUUUUUAAACAAGACUGAGGGGGGCCCAAACGCUGACAUCCCACUCCAAGGGAAAAACACAGUAGAUAACCAGUUUAUUUUGCCACCUGAGAUCAGGGAUGGCUUUUUGCAACAGAGAGUGGCAAAGUCUGACUUUAAAACCCAUGCUAGUUUAGAGAGUAAAUUUAAGUCAGAAGCAAAAGAAAAUGGAACAAAUUGCAGCCAAAAAGAUUUUGAAAAGGGACCAAGACUAGGAAAUGUAUGCCCAAAUAAUUGGAGAUCAAAAACCUUAAAAGAUUGUAGAAUAUUUUUGAGAAAGAUCAACUAUCUUGAACACAAAAAUACUUUUAAGCUAAAUACAGUUAUUUAUUCUCCUGAAUCUGUUGCCAGUGGAAGUAAUCAUCAGACUCAUAUGGAAGAAUCAAAACGCUUUACCUUACGAUCCCAUUCUGCUAGGCAAAAUUCUUUUAAAAAACAGUCUAAAGAAAUAGAAAAUGCUAAGGUAAAUAGUCCUGCAGCUGAUAAAUUUCCUGGCCAACUUGACAAUAGUAAAUUAAAUAAAUGCGUUAAUUAUGACAAGACUCCUUCCGAUAGUUCUGAAGUUCUUAGCAAAUUGAACAAAAGAAAAAGACCACCAUGGAAGACCACAGAAAUGUCAACAAAAAGACAUAAACGACAGUCUUGCAACAGUGGACAAAUGGCAAACUAUUAUUCAAAAUCCCAACUAGCGUGCUACAAAUGAAAACGGACGAGAAACUGAAUUCGUCUGAUGGGAAUGCAGCAAGCUGUCCCCUGAGCCCCAUUAAGAUGUGCCUUAAUCGUCCCGCCGGAUGGAAUCUGAGUUUGACAGCAGCGUCUCUGGCAAGCUGCACGGUUCAUAACCAAAAUCUCCAAAGUGAAGAGAAAUAGAUUGCAGUUCUCCUUGCACUAUCCUUCUUUUGUACGUCGACAUUCUUUUUUCUGAACAAUAAGCAUUUAUCAACUGACCUUGAAAUUUCUAGUCCUGUGAUUUGUCUUUAUAUAAAAUCAUUAGCAUUAAUCACUUUGAUUCUUUGUAUGUUUUUUACAUGUUUUACAUCAGACCAUUGUGGAAUUUUUGCAGUACAGAUGGAUUUUGAUGUUUCUCCUUCUAAUGGUAUUUUAUCGAUUUUUUUAUGCCCUAAGUUUAAAUAUAUAACUGUCCCGUUUUAUUUCUGUGCUCAAAGUUUUAAUAUAUAAUGGAUUAUGUGACUUAGAAGGCUAGUGUUGUAAAGGUUUGUGAUGAUGACCUGACCCAUGAACAGCUGUGCAACAGGUGGAUACCAACUACCUCGAAGUAAAUUGGCGAAAGGCAAAGGUAUCUCUUAGAAGUCUAUCUUUUUCGAAGUUAUAUAUGUAUAGAGAAAUUGAUCAUAGCUUAUCAUCACGUAGCAUGUUUGCAUCCAUCGGAGAAUUUGAGCUGACCAGUUUUCUUUCUCUGUGAUUUUACCCCUCUGGACCCCGCGGGCUGUAGGAACAGCGGCACCACUGCAUGUUGACCGUUCAGCAAAUACGUGCCUCUCACAGACAAGAGUGCUGUUGGGUUUCUGUAAGUUACCAGUUUGGAAUGAAACAUGGUAAAUGGAUUUACAUCUAUUGAUUUUAUUGUAUUUUAGCCAUUUAUUUUAAAGUGUAAAGGGAUGAUUUUUUUUUUCACCAGGUUAUUCCUUACUUUUAACUCGAAUAGUGCAAAAGCACAGCUUCAGCAAUGGCUUAUGUGAUUGUGUCUAAAACUUGAAUAGUAAGAAUACUAAAGGUUUGGUGCUUAAUUUAUUUUUUCCCAGCCAGACAAAGAAAGCUUUGAUAAGGUGUCCGUGUAAAUAUACAAGGACAUGGCUCCUUCCCUUGGGAUAGCCUGGCUACGAGGUAAAUGGUGUUUAGUUCGUGGACACUGUAAGUCCUCAUUUCUCUUCCCCCACCCCCAAAUAUUUCUAAAGCAGGAAUUUAACAAAAGACUUACGUCAAGAAUCAGAAGCACAGGAAAAGACAGAGAGCCAACAGAAUGAAAAUCAUCUAUUUUUCAUUGUUUUGUAUCACCACCGUAUCUGCCUUGUCCUUUUUCUUAAGCAUUCUUACUUUGUUACUUCCAGACUCCUUUUGUAUUUCCGAGUUUUAUAAAGCACAUGUGUAUGUAUGUAAUAUAACAGUUUGGUUCUAAAAAGCACAACAAUCUUAACUUUAGUCCCAACUUAGAACAUCACUUUAAGUAAUUGGCCUCUGGUAAAUAAAGCACAAUUAUUAAAACAGAUCCAAUGUUAGGGCAUUUCUGUGCUGAGUAGUAAAGAGAAAAGGUAACUAUCAGAUGGAUGAGGAAAGGUGUUUCGGUGGGUGUUGCAGAAGGAAAGGGGACUGAUGUCAUACACUGCAUGUCUUAAGUCGGGCAAGCGCCAGUUCCAGAAGGUAGACGAAACCGACACUGAAGAAACAGUACCCGUAAAUUAGUAUAUUGAGGACUUCCUGUCAUAUCAUUUUCCCACUAGUACUUUUUUCAUCCACAAUACUCUGUCAUGCCAAACUCAGAAAACAAGUCCAUGACUAGCACGUACAUAAGAGCAUCUCCCCGGGCCAGGAAACACCAUGGCACCAAGCAAACUAGGGCUCUCGUGUGCAGGUGUUUUAGGAAGAGAGACUGUCCAUUCAGGUAGCAGUAUCCAUGUUUUUAGUGUCA